CGUCCCGCGGGGUUGAUCACGACGAUCCCACUCCUCGUUCCUCUGGAACGUUUUGCUCGCGGCGCUAUCUCUCUAUAAAGUUGUUGUUGCGGCUUCCGCCGCGGGUGGAGAAAGAUGGCGUCGGGUGGUGGUGGCUGUAGCGCUUCGGAGAGAUUCCCUCCACCUUUUCCUGGCUUGGAGCCGGAGUCCGAGGGGGCGGCCGGGGGGUCAGAACCCGAGGCUGGGGACAGCGACACCGAGGGGGAGGAUAUUUUCACCGGCGCUGCUGCGGCCAGUAAGCCCCAGUCUCCAAAGAGAGUUGCUUCCCUUCCCAUCAACAAUGGCUCCAAAGAAAAUGGGAUCCAUGAGGAACAAGACCAAGAACCACAGGAUCUCUUUGCAGAUGCCACAGUGGAGCUCUCCCUGGACAGUACACAAAAUAAUCAGAAGAAGGUGCCAGCCAAAGCGCUGAUUUCUCUUCCUCCACAGGAAGCCACAAAUUCUUCUAAGCCCCAGACAAGCUAUGAGGAGCUAGAGGAAGAAGAACAGGAAGACCAAUUUGAUUUGACAGUUGGUAUAACUGAUCCUGAGAAGAUAGGGGAUGGUAUGAAUGCCUAUGUAGCCUACAAAGUUACAACACAGACGAGCCUACCAAUGUUCAGGAGUAAACAGUUUGCGGUGAAAAGAAGAUUUAGUGACUUUCUGGGUCUUUACGAGAAGCUUUCGGAGAAACAUUCUCAGAAUGGCUUUAUUGUCCCUCCUCCACCCGAGAAAAGCCUAAUAGGAAUGACAAAAGUAAAAGUUGGGAAGGAAGAUUCCUCUUCUGCAGAAUUUCUUGAAAAACGGAGGGCUGCUCUAGAAAGGUACCUUCAGAGGAUUGUGAAUCAUCCUACCAUGUUACAGGAUCCUGAUGUCAGGGAGUUCUUAGAAAAAGAAGAGCUGCCACGCGCCGUGGGUACCCAGACAUUGAGUGGUGCUGGUCUCCUCAAGAUGUUCAACAAAGCCACGGACGCAGUCAGCAAAAUGACCAUCAAGAUGAAUGAAUCAGACAUUUGGUUUGAGGAGAAGCUCCAGGAAGUGGAGUGUGAAGAGCAGCGCUUACGGAAGCUGCAUGCUGUUGUAGAAACUCUAGUGAACCAUAGAAAAGAGCUCGCACUGAACACAGCCCAGUUUGCAAAGAGUCUAGCCAUGCUUGGGAGCUCUGAGGACAACACAGCACUGUCACGGGCACUCUCCCAGCUGGCUGAGGUGGAAGAAAAAAUUGAGCAGCUUCACCAGGAACAGGCCAACAAUGAUUUCUUCCUCCUUGCUGAGCUCCUGAGUGACUACAUUCGUCUCCUGGCCAUAGUCCGUGCUGCCUUCGACCAGCGUAUGAAGACGUGGCAGCGCUGGCAGGAUGCUCAGGCGACGCUGCAGAAGAAGCGGGAGGCUGAGGCUCGGCUGCUUUGGGCCAACAAGCCUGACAAAUUGCAGCAGGCCAAGGACGAGAUCUUAGAGUGGGAGUCUCGGGUGACUCAGUAUGAAAGGGACUUUGAAAGGAUUUCAACUGUGGUCCGAAAAGAAGUGAUACGGUUUGAGAAAGAAAAAUCCAAGGACUUUAAAAACCACGUGAUCAAGUACCUUGAGACACUCCUGUAUUCACAGCAGCAGGCUGGGGAGCAGUUGGGAAACAGGUCCAGAAUACUCCGAACAAAGAAGUUACCCAGGUAUAGUAAGUUUCUCUCCACAGGAGUUUAAGCUUUUGCUGCUGCUUCCCUAUGGGACUAGAAUUUCUUUUUUUCUAUCUACCUCUGCUACAUACUCUGAGGGUCUCUUAACCUGUUUAAUUCUUAUUCCUACUUUUUUAGGGAAGGAGUUGUAAAGACAUCUCUUAUAGUAAGAGGGACAAUGGAUUCUCCUGCGAAGGAGGCAGACUUUCUUUUAUUCCUACCCUGUUUCCCUUAGCUGCCCAGGGCUCUCUCAGUCUUGCCCUCUGAUAGCAGACUUCUGAACUUCUUUCUGCCAAGUCCCCAGUAGACCGUUUCCUGUUAAAAGUGUAAAGAGCUGAUAAGAACUUAACACUUUAUCUCCGUUGAGAACAGAGCCAGCACUCUGCCUCUAGAUCAGGUCAUCCAAGAGAUCCUAAACUGUUUGAGGUUCCAAGAAGCUUUACUCUCUGUGCCCAGGAGGUAGCAUGCCAACAACAGGGCCCGAGUGUUGUCAGCUUAGGCCAAGGGCGUUCAAAGGGGUCUCUGUCCUGGCCUGGCCAGGGAGACUGGAGUCUCACAUGCGCUGUUGCUGGGCUUCCCCUCAGCUGUGUCCACAGCUGCUUAAGCUGGCUGAUCAGAAUGGUCUGUGAAGCUGCUCUGUGGGGCAGGGUUGGCAGAUUGCCUGCCAUGGAACCUCGCCACUCCUGUCUGCCACCCCCCAGCCCCAGAGACGCCCCUUUCUGUGGGCAUUCCAGGCCUGCUCUGUUAGUUCUCUUGGGUGGGUGGUUAAGGUUUGGGGAGGGACAGCCUGAGGCAAGAGAAUGCAGUAAACAGCACUGAUUUCCAGUGCACCAGCCUGGUGGGGGCAGGGAUCCAGGGUGGGGGUGCAGUGCUGGCAAGUAUUUUUUUCAACAGUUGGGUGUUUUGUUUUGUUUUGUUUUGUUUUAGAAAAAGUCACUCAGUCUCUCCCUAUCCCCCAAUAUCUUUAUUAACACUCUUGAUUUUUUUCCUUCCAGUCUUGCGUUUGCUUUUGCACAGUUGUAAUAAUACCCACGUGAAAUAUUUUGUAUCCUUUUAUCAUUCAGCACUGUAUAUUUUGUAAGCAUUUCUUCUUUAUUGUUACAUAUCUUCACAAACUUUAUUUAGAAGGCUAUGUAA